GGCGGGGCGAGGCAAGGAUUAAAGGGCCUACGGACUUCUAAACGCGAGAGGGGAGGGUCCCGGACCUCGAUGAAGGCCUCAGCCUUCUGCCUUCUUUCUGCCUGAUGUCUGGCCCCCACAUCCAGAGAAAGGAUGUCCCUCCGCUCGAGCUCCUUGACCCAAACCACCCGAGGUGCGCGAGCUUGGUGGGCCGGCGUGGACCGGGCCGGGCAGGGGGGCGGGGCGAGCGCGGUGACGCGACCGUUGCCUUGGGAACCCGCCGCCCGCUCCAGCGCAGGAGCUGAAGCCGGAGCUGCCGCCCGCCGCCCGCUUGGGGCUCUCCCUGCGAGUGGUGCGGCUGGGCCCUCGGGGCGGCCGGGGAAACAGGGCCGGAGAGAGGGAGGGAACGGGUGCGGCCUCGGAGCCGGGACCGUCCCGCACGUCCUGAGCCUACGCGCCUGAGCCGCCGGCGCCGAAACCGCGAGGGACAAGAACUAGCGCCAGACAGCGCCUGCCCAGCCUCCGGACCUUGCACCCCGGCCCGCCACCCAGACACGGACGGCACGGUCCGCCCCCGCCCCAGCGCUGCUCGGUCUCAGCCCGGCCCGCCUCGGCCCCGGCACCGGCCCGGGCCCCGGCACCGGCCCCGGCCCCGGCGCGCUUCUCCGCCUCUGCCGCCGCCGCUGCAGCCACUGCCUCAGCCACCGCCACCGACACCGCCGCCUCCACCUCUGCCUCCGCCUCCUCCCCCGCUCCGUCCACGACCCCAGCCAGGGCCCCGACCCCAGCCCCAGCCCCGGCCUCGACCGCGGCCCGGCCACCCUCCGCCCCGGCCCCGGCCCGGGCCCCGGCGGCCCAGCCGCCGGUACCAUGCUGCCCAGCUCCAUCCAGAUUUCCGGGGAGCCGCUGUCAGGCGCCGAGGUGCGGGACAUCUGCCGCGGCCUGCGCGACAACGCCGUGCGCCUGCUCUCCCUGCGCGGCUGCCGCCUCUGCGACCGAGACUUCGGCCGCAUCUGCCGGGCCCUGGCCGGGGCCACGUCCCUGGCUCAGCUCAAUCUUAACCUAGGCGUCGUGUCCAGCCCCAGCCGCAUCAAGCAGCUGGCGGAGGCGCUGAGGACCAACCGCUCCAUCCAGUCCCUCUUCCUGCAUGGGAGCCCUCUGACCGAUGCGGGGCUGGCCUUGCUGAACCCAGCCCUGGCCUUGCACCCUGCCCUCGUGGCUCUCGACCUGGGGGACUGCAUGCUGGGUGAUGAAGCUAUCAACCUCAUCUGUGGCCUCCUCCCCCCAGAUGGGGCCAAGUCUGGCUUGAAGGAGCUAACGCUGAGCGCCAACCCUGGCAUCACCCCUAAGGGCUGGAGCCGCCUCGCCAUUGCUGUGGCCCACAGCUCCCAAGUCCGCGUCCUCAAUCUGGACUACAACCCCCUGGGUGACCAUGUGGCAGGGAUGCUGGCUGUAGCUGUAGCCUCCAGCCGCACCCUAGAAGUCCUAGACUUGGAGGGCACAGGGCUCACAAACCAGUCAGCUCAGACCCUGUUGGACAUGGUAGAAAAUUACCCCACAGCUUUGAGGAGCCUAGUGUUGGCUGAGAACAGCAUUAGCCCAGAGCUGCAGCAGCAAAUCUGUGACCUCCUCUCUGAGGGGGAAGAGGAAGAGGAGGUGGCAGGAGGGGCUGGCAACACCCAGGAAUGGGAGAGAGGACGGGAGCCUGCUGUCCACCAGAGGGGCAGCAGCUCCUGGAUGUGCCCCAGUGAUCCCAGCUCUCAGAUGGUGCUAAUGACAUCAGGACUUGGGGACAGUCUGUUGGCUGAAACCGAGAUGUGACUCUCCAUUUGGGCUUCUGCACGUCAUUACAUUUGUCUAUGUCCUCAGGACCUUCCUCUAGAUGUCAGGGGGAAGGGGACGUCUGGGGCUUGGGAGGUUGGGAAAGGGGGGUUGCUUGGGGCUCUGGCAGCUCCUGGAAGUAGUGGGAGGCUCUGGAAGCUGUGACUAGGCAAUGGCUAUGCGGGGGGGACCUUAACCCAGGGCAAUGCCUCUGGACUUGUUGGCAGCUCUUGG